AUGUCCAUUCUAAUCAAUGGAAGUCCAACUGAAUAUUUUGAGGUGUCCAGGGGAUUAAGGCAAGGUGAUCCACUAUCACCAUUUCUAUUUGCAAUUGUUGCUGAGGGUUUUGCUAGAAUCAUGAAGAAUACUGUGGACACCAACUUCUUUAGAGAAUUCAGGUUGGAAGAUGGAUGUGGUGGGCCUUCCUUCAGCCUCUUACGGUUUGUUGAUGACACCAUCAUUAUUGGUGAUGGGUCUUGGAGCAAUCUAUAG